CUCUUUUGUUUCGCCGCACACCUAUCCGUCAGCAGUAACAGUAGCAAUGAGUGAUAGAGAUGUUCCAAGCGUUCCAAUAACCACACUCGCUGGUCUCACCAGUCUUUCCGAUCUGCUAAGCGAACUUCCCAUCUCCGAUUCGUUGUCCGUGUCAGGUUCGCUAAACCGUUCGCUUCUGUUCCAUCCGCGUGUGGCUGAGGAAGCGAACAAUUUACUCGCCACACGGGAUGACGCACUAACUGCACAGCUCGUUACGGCUAUCGAACAGACCAAUUCGGACAGUAUAGAGCUGAAGGAUCAGUACCCGCAACCUGCUACUCCUGCCAAUGGCGGUGUACCGAUCGAUGGGCCGGCUCUGUUGCAGGCAAUUCAUGCCAGCCGGCCGAAUGUUUUCAAGAGCCCCUACAAUCCACAAAUUCACCAAAUGUUCAGCAGUGCCGUUGCGCUAGGGGCAGGCAAUCAGCAGCAACAGUUGGUGGCGCAGCAACAGAAAAUAACUCCAACAUCACAGACACAGUUUUACAACCUUCCCAACGAAAGUUACACAAAUCUGGUCCAAUUACAACAAACGUAUACGAAUCAGCAACAAGUACCAAUCGAACAGUUGCAAUCGGUGUUUCAAAAUCAACAUGACAUCCAGCAGCAGUUGCAGCAACAACUUCACCAUGCACAUCAGACUGUCCCAAACAUGCAGCAACAGCAGCAACAGCAGUUACUCUCCCAACAAACUCAGCUUCUUCAGCAACAGUUUCAAUUUGCCGACCCAAAUCACAUCAUCCCUACACCGCAAGCCACCAUCAUUCGUGGUCAGCAGCAAAAUUCCUUUCCCACCCUUUCCUCCCAAACGCCAACCGCCGUUAUGAUAGGUCAGCAGGGUGGUGGCCAGCUACAGCAACAGGUGAUUAAUAUACAAAAUGUUCCAUACUCGUCCAAUUCUGCAGAAAACAGCCAACUGCAGCAACAGCAGCAACAACUCUUCCAACAGCAGCAACAGCAGCAACAACACAAUCAAAAUGUGAUCGUUUCUCAUGCAUCCAACAUCGGGCAGGAUCAAACUUUACCGGCAUUGGAUCCGCAUCAAAGUGUGAUCCAGCAGUCCUCCACGGCAUCAUCCUACACAGCCGGUGGUCCGAUCCAUCCAAUCGGUGUUGGUUCAUCGACGGUGGUCUCAGCACCGGUCGGUAGUAAUCAGGCGACGACUUUGUUGCAACUAAAUCACUUAAUCCCACAACAACAGCAGCACCUAAAUGUGAUAAAUCAAACGAAUAAUAAUAUACAUAGUGCCUCAACCCAACAACAGCAGCACCAAUAUCCGCAGCAGUCGCCACAGCAACAGCAACAUCUGCAAAAUCACAACACUCUAUUGUCGCAAUCUCAACAGCAGCAGCAGCAGCAUCAGCAAUCUCAUCUCAACAAUGGUACCCCAGGCGUGGUCGCCACGUCCGGUGGCAUGAAUCAUCAGCAAGCUCUGUACCAGCCGCAACAGCAACAGCAGCAACAGUUCGCCAACGCCAAGCUUCCCGAAACGGCACCCCGGAACAACGAAUAUUUGCAGCAACAGCAGCAAAGCAAAAAUCUCGACGCCCGAGGUCGACCGUCUCCAGCGCAAGGCAGCACAGCACCGGACACGGUCAGCACAACCGCCACAUCGCUAAAUAUCGCGCAACAGCAUCACGCAAUGAAGGGUCCCCAGCAGGCACAAACCACAGCGCAUCGAUACCCGACGCCACUGCUGGGACCGAAUAAACCCAGACCACCGGGAGCGGGCGGUGGUCCACAAAAUGCUACCACUACUACCACACCUGCCAUACGUCCGAUCGGUGUAAGCGGUGCGUUGAUAAGCAAUGCGUCGUCCACUGCCUCGAUGAAUCGUCCGACUGCUGCGCCGUCUCAAUCGAGCAGUAGCAGCAGUACAGCAGCAUCAGCAGCACCGACCAAACCAGCACCAGCCAUCAACAAACCUCCGCCAAUCGAUGCGAAGCAUCUUUUCCGAUUUAUACCGCUCAGCGAAGUGGACACACUGAAGCUACCGAAAGUGAUCGUCGGUUCGGAACGGUUGUCGGAAAAGCACACGAAAAUGCUCGUUGCUGCCGAAGGUCUCAAAAAGUUCGUUGCCGAAGAACCCAAAAUGGCCGCCCGUAUGGGGCUGGAAAAAAAGUCUUUCGAUCAGAUAUUCAGCAAAAUGAAAGAGGAAGAAUCGGCAGUCCGGAUUGGACCCGCCUCGAAGCGGAAAGCACAGGAAAAGAUUGAAGAAAAUCCGGAAGAUUAUUUAAGCCGACCGAAGCUAAGGCGGGUUGAACGACCGGCCGUAGCACCGGUGGUGAAAAAGCUUACCAAGGAAGAGCUGAUGGCAACCAACACGUACCAGCGGUUCGUUUCCGUGAUGAACAAAAUUUUCGAUCAGCUCGAUGAAACGGAAACACCCACGAUGGAAGAGGGCGACGAGCAGUACGAGUGUAUACCAACGGGAUUGCUGAAUAGUAUUAGUGCUGAAGCGGCCAAACUAAAGGUGCGCAAUGCGAUCGAUGCAAUACCGGAAAACAAGCUUACGCUGCUCAUUACGUACGCGAUGCGAUCGAUACAUUCGGCGAAGAAUUUGAGCGGCUCGGAACUGCAGGACGAUCUGGUCGGGGAUGAGUGUAUCGAGAAGAUACUAAAUGCAGUUGAGGCGGCUCUACUGAUCUGCUGUCUUUAUACGAGCAAAAAUACGAAAUUUCUCCAAGAAGACAACAUCGAUGCGAUCAUCAAGUUCGUACAGUUUCAGCUGCGGGAAACAAUUUUUCCCUCGUACGAUCCAGUUUAUUCGGUCGAAACGAAGCGAAAGGCGGGCGAGGGCAAUAAGAAAAAGAAAGCGGUCACGUACCAGCAGAAGGGUAUCUCGAUGCUGUACACGAAAACGGUCGAACUGUCGAAGCAACUCGUAACGAUGUUCGAAUCGUUCCACUUUGUCGACACGAUCGUAAUACACGCGUCCUCGCUCGGGGUGGAACCGUUCUUUGUGGAUAACAUUGAAACGCUUCAGUUCGUGUGUCUCGAUCUGGUGACGACAAUCUUUCAGAACGAAAAGUACGCACACCAUCGAAGAAAUAUUGUGUCGGACAUUCUGACGUCGUUCGAUCGGUUGCCACACUCGAAACGGAAUUUGCGACCGUACAAGCUGGUCAACAAUGGCGGCAAUAUACAGAUGAUGACGGCACUCGUAUUGCAGUUGAUUCAGUCUUCCGUCAUCCUACCCGACACACUCACGACGGAUACGGCGGGCAGCGGUGGUGGUGGGAAAAGCACGGACCUGUUUAUCUUCGGCAAGUACAACACGGCCCUCAGCAUUGGCGGUAACUUUCUGACCACGUUUCUGGACAAAUGUAAAAGCCGCUCGAAUGAAACCGACUUCCGUCCACUGUUUGAGAACUUUAUACACGAUCUGCUCACGACGGUUAACAAACCGGAAUGGCCCGCCGCAGAGCUGUUGCUCAGCCUGCUCGGUACGAUGUUGGUAAAGAAAAUGUCCGACAAAGGGGUGGAACAAUCGAUUCGCGUAGUGUCGCUCGAAUAUCUGGGCAUUGUGGCAGCAAGGUUACGGAAGGAUACGGUCGAAUCACGCUGCAAGGUCAAAACGAUGGAUACGCUCAUCCGGUACAUUAAGAUCGAGCAGGAAAAGGAAGGUGAUGAGCCGAUGCGGAACAGUAAGUUUCAGCUGGACGAGGAAGAGGAACGGACCGAAUUUCUGCAGAAGAUACUGCUCGAUUUUCUGGCGGUGAAUGCGCACGAAGGGAAUGUGGUGUGGAAUCAUGCGCGUCACUUCUACCUUACCCAGUGGUAUCGGGAUUUGAUGCAGCGGAAGAAAAAGAUUGCCGAGGGCGAGAAGGGGUAUGCGUCGAGGAAGAAGGGUGGUGCCGGUGGUAUGAAAAAGCGGAAACGGUACCAGAGUGAUUCGGAUGGAGGAUCAGAUGGUGGGGCGGACGAUUCGGACGAGGGUGAUGGGAAUGGUGGCAACAUACGGGAGGGACAGAUCGAUCAGGAGCUAAACAGUGAAAUCUUCCGCAUGCUGGACACACGGAAACAGUACUAUCUUAGCCAGGUUGCACCGUUUGGUGGGCGUGCUGCCGGGAGUCGGUCGGGCGGUGCACCGAUCGGUGGUAAUUACGAGAUUAAAACCUACAUCGAUUACAGUAACGCGAAUCUGAUCGCACAGUAUCUUGCGAGUAAGCGUUCGUUUUCGCAAAGCUACGACAAGUACCUGCAGAAGAUCAUUCUGGUCGUGCGGGAACCGGUGGUAGCGAUACGAACCCGUGCGAUGAAGUGUCUCGCCAACAUUGUGGAGGUCGACCAGAUGGUGCUGGCCCGGAAGGAUAUGCAGAUGGGUGUGCAGCAGAAGCUGCUCGAUACGGCCAUUUCGGUGCGUGAGGCGGCGGUAGAUCUGGUCGGAAAGUACAUUCUGUCCGAUCAUGAACUUAUCGAUCAGUAUUACGAAAUGAUUUCGCAGCGAAUACUGGAUACGGGCGUUUCGGUACGGAAACGGGUAAUCAAAAUCCUUCGAGACAUCUGCAUAGAGUAUCCGGCGCACGAGAAGAUACCGGACAUUUGUGUGAAAAUGAUCCGGAGGGUGAACGAUGAGGAAGGCAUCCAGAAGCUGGUGAUGGACGUGUUUAUGACGAUGUGGUUUACGCCGUGCAAUGAUAAUGAUAAGGCUGCAAUGGAUAGGAAAAUUACGCAGAUUAUAGAUGUCGUCUGUUCGUCACACGAAACGGGGACGCAGGGUUUUGACGCCUUACUAAAAACGAUAUUCGAACCAAAAGAGAGCAAAGAUGAUUCGAAGCUAAAGAAAGAGAUACCCAAAACUUUGAUCAAAGCCUGCCAACAAAUUGUGGACGGACUGGUGGAGGCAACGAUGCGUCUUGAGGGUGCGGAAAAUACGCGACUCGUCGGCUGCAUUACGGCCCUCCAUCUGUUCGCCAAGAUACAGCCCCAACUGCUCGUUAACCAUGCCAUGUCACUCGAACCGUAUCUGAACAUGCGUUGCCAGAAUCAGAUUAUCUCGAAAUUCAUUAGCUCGAUAGCGGAAAUUCUUGAGCAGGUGGUUCCCCUAAUGGAUCAUCCAAGUGAAGUUUUUCUAGCGGAUCUCGAAUCACAUCUGAUGAUACUGAUCGUAUCGCAAAGCCGCGCAAUCGUACUGAGCUGCGUUUCCUGCCUGUCAACGGUUGUAAACAAAAUCACUAAGAACUACAAGCUGAUUCGGGACUGUUUCGCAAAGUUGUACAAUAACUGUCUACUGUUGAUCAAGGACAAGCUGGCGUCCGAUCCUUCCAUACCCAUCGAACAGUACUUUCGGCCACAGUUUCGACGGAGCAUAUUUACGGUAGGAUUGAUUAUGCGGUACUUUGACUUCCGGCUGCCGGAAGUGUAUGGUGAGCCCAAUCAAGGCUCCAAUCUACCAGCGAAUAUAUGUGAGGAUGUGUUCGCAACAUUGGCAUUUUUCCUGUCGUGCGAUCAUAGUGAAAUGUGCAAAGAAGCGCUUACGUCGAUGGGUAACUUCUGUGUGAAAAACUACGAAUAUCUGAUGAAGGUCGAGCUACGCGAUUACUACAACUAUUUGCUGACGCAAGACAAAGUGCUAACGGACAUGAAAAUAACGGUGCUGAAGAAUAUUCUCAUGUAUCUGACCGAGGCAGAGAACCAGAUGGUUCGAAACGACAAGGAAUGGUCAAAACAAUCGAAAACAGAAGAUCUGAAAGAGAUGGGCGACGUGUCGUCCGGUAUGGCGAGCCGCGUGAUACAGAUUUAUCUGAAGGAGAUACUGCGCAGCUUUCUGCACCGGGAUUACGGUGUGCGGACAUGGGCGAUGCGGGUCGUCGAGAUAGUCCUGCGGCAAGGCUUGGUCCACCCAGUACAAAUAGUUCCUUACCUAAUAUGCUUAAGUACCGAUCCGGAAAAAGAUGUGGCACACAGUGCGGACAGACACCUGCAGGAAAUCGACAAACAGUACCCGGGCUUUGUAAAUAUGAAAUCUCACGCUGGCAUGCAGCUGUCGUACGAGCUACAGGAACUGUUGCAGCGACGAGACGAAACCAGCAUUGUGAGGGGCUACCGUAUACGGGAUCCACAGGAACCUCCGUCGGCGAUGAACGGAUUCCUGUACACGUUGCUACGAGGAACUAAACCUCAACGGCGUGCACUAAUCCAAUCGAUUACGAAGCAAUUCGAUGAGGGCAAAAUAAGCUUGCGGCAAAUGUUGUAUCUAGCGGACAAUCUAGCCUACUUCCCGUACGUCGUGCAGGAUGAGCCGCUGUACAUUAUCCAUCACGUUGACGUGCUUAUCUCGGUAACGGGCACAAACUUGCUGGCAACGUUUCGGGAAGGUUUAAAGCCACUGCCAGGGACCGAAGCGAACACCGAACCUAAUGCACAAAAUCCCCUCGAAGAUGAUGAUGACGAUGAUCAAGAAGCAAUAUUAAACCGACUUCCGGACGAUACUUCCGAUUUGGAGAAUUGUAUACGGUCCGCGCAAGGUUGUAUGCUUCUCUUAAUACUCAAACAGCAUCUGAAGGACAUUUACGGUAUCACGGACAGCAAAAUAUCACGAUAUUCCCCAUCAGAAUCCGGCAAAAUCUACGAUAAAGCCAUGCAACGAAGGUCCAACUCAAUGUUCGAUCCAAAAGCAACGAUAACGCUACUGAAGGAAAAUCGUAGCGACAGUGAUGCGAAGGGUGAAAAGGAACGGAUUGAGCUGGUGCAACGAUACUUAGACUUCAAACAGCUGAUGCUGAGGCUAGAUCCGGACGAUCCGGACUUGCUGGAUGAGGACGAAAAGCCCAACUCGGUCGCCGGUACACCGGUCAAACAGCCACCAGUUUCUUCUGCAUCCGCAUCUACCAAUCAACAGCAAAAUCACAACACAACAGUAACGGAUAGAACAAGCAAUAACGUCACCCACGUGAACAACGUAGAUAGCACCCGUGACGGUGGACCCGUGACGGUUUCGCAACAGAAUGAUUAUAGCAAUCGAUCGUCGUCUAACCAUGGUGUCGUCAGCAAUGUGCCGAAAACACUGAAAUCCACAUCGAACCGGCAGCAACUGUCCUCGGCGGCUGCUUCACGCAAAUCGGCUGUCAGUGGACGCUCUAGCACGAAGAAGAAGAAACGGAAAGUGUCCAGCACGGAGGACGAGGAAAGCGAUGCCAGUGACGAUGACUACGAUUAA